AUGAAUGGAUUGGAUGGUGGUGAUAGCAAUGAAAACAUUAUUAUUUUUGACAUAUCAAAAAAUGAAAGAAAGUUAAAUGAAGAAUUUAAAGUACUCCAACGAAAACUAAAAACAAAGUGGAAAUUUAUCGAGAAUAAUGAAGUAAUAGCGCAAGAAUCAUUGGCAAAUGCAAAGAUCCUAAUGUUACCAGGACCAUUAAGUAAAUUUACUGAACUUGAAAUGAAUUCCAUUAGAACUUUUUUAAAUUCUGGUGGCAAUGUUCUUGUCACACUUGGAGAGGGUGGUGAAAAUAAAUCUAAUACAAAUAUCAACUUUUUGCUAGAAGAAUUUGGUAUAAUGGUAAAUAAUGAUAGCGUAGCUCGUAUGAGUUACAGUCAAACAAUGCAUCCUAAAGAAUCUUUGAUCUCUCAAGGCUUGUCAAACAAAUCCAUAUUUCUGAAGAAUCAUGAUGAAUACAUUGGUAUGAAAUUUUUAUAUCCUUAUGGUGCAACGUUAAAUGUAGUGCAACCAUCUGUUGUUGCUUUAUCCAGUGGUUCAAUCGCUAUUCCAAUGAAUAGGCCAAUCUGUGCUUAUCAUUGUGUAAAAAACAGUAAUGGCAAGCUCAUUGUACUAGGUUCAUCCAGAAUGUUGAUGGAUGCUUACAUAGAAAAGGAAAGUAAUGAUGCAUUGCGGGAAAUGAUUUUUGAUUUUUUUGAAUUAAAUAUCACAGAAACAAUGGAUUUUCAUACAGACGAUAUAGAAUUUUGGGAGUACAAUUUUGUACCAGACAUAACUCAACAAGCUGACAAUCCAAAAGUUUGCACGCAAGAUUUAGAUAAUAUUGAUAUACCUCGCGAAUAUACCAAAUUAUUUAAGCAUCAUUUUUAUUCUAUAAAUUUAGACAUGGUACCAGCUUGCAUAAAAGCGUUUGAGGCUUUAGGAAUAAAACAUGAACCACUUACUUUAAUACCACCUCAUUUUGAAGCACCUUUACCUCCCACUCAAGCUUCGGCAUUUCCUCCAAGCUUCCAAGAAUUACCUCCACCUGCUUUAGAACUGUUUGAUCUAGAUGAAGCUUUCAGCUCUGAUUUAUUAAAAUUAUCGCAGCUUACUAACAAAUAUAUGACAACAAAGGAAUCGUCACGUGAUAAGGAAUUGGAUCACUACAUCAGGGAAUUUGGAAGUAUAAUAAGGGUAAACAAUUCCGACACACACACCGCUAAAGAAGUAUUAAAUUUUGUUUUUCAAAAAAUCUGCAGUUAUAAAGCAAUGCAUGAUUGAAAUUUUUAUGUAUAGAAAAAUAUUGUAAUUUAUCGUAAAUAGCAUAUUUUAUAUACUAAUACAUUAAAGUUCAAUAAAUGAAAAAAA